ACCAGCCGCCCUCUUUUACUGGCUGCUGGGUGGGCACGGGACGGGUCGCCGAGGCGCCGGAAGGGCUCUGGUCAGGCUCUGGGAAGCUCCGAAGGCACACAGCAGCCGUGGCCGCUCAGAACUGAGACCGCUAGGCUCUUCGGCAGGCGAAGACACAAGAGUUUGUGUUGGAUGACUGCCUGCAACGUGAGGAAGGACGCUCGCUUGGAAAUCCCAGUAGAGAAGAGCUACCUGGGUCGGGUGGAGGCAAAAUGGGCCCCAGGGGCAGGCAGAGCCCCUCGUCCCCACUGGCCCCCUCCCAGGGGUCUUGCUUCUUCAUCCUCUUCUGCUUACGGUUAGGUGCCUCCUGCCCACAGUCAUGCCAGUGCCCCGACCAUGCCGGGGCCGUGGCUGUCCAUUGCAGCUCGAGAGGGCUGCAGGAGAUCCCCAGGGACAUCCCAGCUGACACGGUGCUUUUGAAACUAGAUGCUAACAGAAUCUCCCGAGUCCCCAAUGGAGCCUUCCAGCAUCUGCCCCAGCUGAGGGAGCUGGACCUGUCCCAUAAUGCCAUCGAGGCCAUUGGGCCAGCAGCCUUCUCAGGUCUGGCUGGGGGCCUGAGGCUUCUGGACUUAUCCCACAAUCGCAUCCGAAGAAUCCCAAAGGACGCGCUGGGCAAGUUGAGCGCCAAGAUCCGCCUGUCCCACAAUCCACUGCACUGUGAGUGUGCCCUGCAGGAGGCCCUGUGGGAACUGAAGCUGGACCCUGACUCCGUGGAUGAAAUUGCCUGCCACACCUCAGCCCAGGAGCAGUUCGUGGGCAAGCCUCUGAUCCAGGUCUUGGACUCGGGUGCCAGCUUCUGCAGCACCCAUCGGAAGACCACCGACGUGGCCAUGCUGGUCACCAUGUUCGGCUGGUUCACCAUGGUGAUUGCCUAUGUAGUGUACUACGUACGCCACAACCAGGAGGAUGCCAGACGACACCUGGAGUACCUCAAGUCCCUGCCUAGUGCUCCAGUCUCCAAGGAGCCUUUCAGCCCUGUGCCCUAGCACCCACCUCUGGUGGGCCGCUGAGCCUGGCUGCCCUGCUUUCUGCAGCCAGUGGAGGUGAUGGUGCUCUGUGUCCCCAGGGAGGUGCACUGCAGCCGCACAGCUCCAAAGGCACUUUCAUAGUUGGCAUUUGGUCCCUGCAGCCAAUGCCUAACCCUAUAGCGGGGGUUGCCCAUCCUCAUGGCUGCGUAAAUGGGGGUUGCGAGAAAUGGAAAGUCUUGUCAGGGCUGGUUUUAGCAGGCACUUUAACCCCAGGCUGCCUGUGGUAAGGGGUCUGUGAACCAUCUGAGCUGCCAACCUUUCUCACACGGUGCUGUGGGAAGUGAAUACUUGUGCGCUCGAGGAUGGGGUCCCGGUGGGGAGGAUGGCGUCAGCAGUUUUGCCACUGGGGAAUGGCUAAAUCUGUUUACCCUUGCCCUCCCAGGACAUCUGAACAAAGAUGUCGCCCCUUUCCCAUAGCAAAGUACCGGCAAUCUAGACCUUUCCAGAGAGGUCAUAGCCUGCACCGGCCUGCACUGGCCUGUGCUGACCUUUGUUCUGGGAGUUCUUUAGUUGCCCCUGUGCCAAAAUUUCAGUCCAUUGAGAGGGAGAAAAUGGAGAAAACAUGAGAAAGGUCCAGCGCGGGCUCACCAUGGCUGUGCCAGCUGCCAGACCUCUUAUGGGCCGCCCCAGCUUCCAUCCCGUGCCUGGGCAGUGGAAGCCUGCCAAUCACGGCGGCCCUUGUGCCUUGCUGUCCUACUGCCAGUAUUUAAAGCAGCUCUCUUCAGAAGGGGAGGGACUGGAGUUUGAGGUUCCCGUGCCAGUCAAGAGGAAUGCUUUUCUCUAGCAACAAGAACCUUCUCUUCACCUCGCUGAAAUCCCAGAGUUCACUGAUCAACUUUCUUACCUGUAAUUACUUCAUGUUCAGGGGUAGAUGCUGUAGCCCCCUAACUCCAAUGACUUCCGGUUUUGUCAUUUACUGUCUUUUUUUUUUUUUUUUUUUUUUUUUUUGUAUAAAUGUUUGUACCCUAA